AUGAUGACUGGCGUUUCUCAAGUCGCGCGCAUUCAAAAGUAUGGACGGGCGCGGUGUGUGCUCGACAAUCCCCCGUUCAUCAUCGUUGUUAUCCUCAUUGCCGCUGCUAGUCUUGCCCUGGGACUUGCCAGCAACGUGCGGAUGGCCCUCUCCGUCUGCAGCGAGCAGUCCCUGCUCUCCUUCUCCUCUUCCUGCUCCCGCGAUUUCUGGGCCGCCGUCGUCCCUGCCACUUUUGUCGUCGUGCUCCUCGUUACUGCAAUCCCACUUCCACAGCCCGUGCGGCGCGUAAUCAAUGCCGCGAAACAACCCUUUACGAACUUUUUGACUGUUGCAGAGGCGGAGGCCCUUGAUGCUUGCGACAAUCUGCCAGCGGACACCGAUAGCGGCAACAGCGAAGCGCCUCCUGUGCCGCUCUGGCGUAUACCAAUAGUGUAUUGCGAGCAUCAGUCAGCCUAA